UCAAGGUAUGCUAAUAAUAUUGAUGAUUGCAUGGCCUCCGGGAGGAAAUUAAAGUUAUCAUGCUUCUUUUCUUCCCAAACUUUCAACGUCAUCUAAAAAUGUCAGCUCGAUACUAUGGAAUGUUCCCGACUGUGCGAUAAAGCUCAAAGCACUCAAUUUUGCUUUCUAGAAUCCUUGGUGAGUAUUACAAUAUCGAACAUAAUAAAAAUAAGUGUGACUAGUUUCACUUCCAGAAAUGGUCGUUCAAAGUCACUACGACUCAGAGCCAUAAAGUAACCAUCAUCUAGGAAUAUGCGAAAUAAAGACGACAGCAGUGUUCGUCUUUCUUUAUCAUAAUGAAUUUGUAUUUUUAUAUUUCAUAGAAGAUGUUGUUCAAUUUAGAUAUUUUUGUAGUUGCAUAACGUUACAUUAUGCAGUUACAUUAUUUACGCAGUAUGUAAAAAUUACUCACAGACAGUAGUUAAAAGCUAUAAAUGAUAUGAUCAUACGCAUAACACAAAAUUUAACCCAAAAGUAGCUUCAAGAUCGUUCAACUGUUCAAUGCGGAAAUUUUGUUUGUUUCGUUACUUGUAGUAAUAAACUGAUAUAAAACAAAAACAUUUUUUAUGCCUUUCUUCAGGUACGACUUGUUGAAAAGAGAGGAUCAAUUGGGAGAAACAUUACCGGUAACCGGAUUCGGUAAGAAUGUUACAUUAUGGGGUCGGAAGACGACCGGUUUUGUGUUGGUCAUUGAUUGGAACAUUAGAGCAGUGACGGAAAAAUGUAGAGAAAGAAUAUUAUUCCCCAAUGCCAGGCGGGCUACGAUGCUAAACGGCAACUGGGUCAACGGCAUCGACACACUUCAGCGGGUACUGUUUGCUAACAACGCGUUUUGCGCGUGAGAGGUUAACGUGGUGCUGAACCACAUCGUGUGUACUCCUCCGCUGUGUUCUACAUUUAUCUGUUCUGCUUUAAAUCUUUUCAUUAGUGGCUUGUUUAUUAGAAUUUAUUCCUAUCUACUCACCAACAGCGUAUGGCCAUUGGUCGUUCAUCGCAGUGGCAUUAUACAGAUAGUUAGAGUAGUUAAGCUAUUAACUAUGACAAAAUGAAAAUAAGUGCAUGCUAACCCAUAACAUUAUGAAUUUAAUCACAAAUCUUCCUGUCGUAAUCAAUAAAGUAUGCGUACUUUGUGUGAAUUGCCAAAAGCACAAAUCAAAACCUGGAACAGUUUCAGGUAUUACAAGAGGUAUUAAGUGUGCGUAACGGAUACCAAUUGCCGAAAACAUUUCUUUUUUUUUUCGAAUAGGACCGACUCAUAAUGGUAGCGUAUUUUACGACAUUAAACCCAAUUUCAACCUAGUUGAAAACAAAUUAAGCCCAUGCUCGGGACUCUAUUCAUUGGAAUCGUGUAUUCAAGAGCAGUUCAAACUCGCUAGACACAUUAUUCGUACUAUUAGCUUCCGUGUAGCGAGUGGUGAUAUAAAUAUAAAGUAUUGCGAAUAGAACAUAAUCCCAAUUAUUCGUCCCUAUUGGUAUAAGGUGGUUAUGAUAUGUGUUUGUUGGUGUUUUUUAAAAGUUGUGCAUUGCUUGCAAUCCUGGCUGCCCGAGCAAUGUGCUUUAAGUUCCACUGCCAAGUUACGGAAUGCUACGUGUCCAGUCUGAUCCCUGAACUAGAGGGAAUAUACGUGCUUAGUUACAUACCGCAAACAAUAAAAAAAUUAACAUUUGACAACCUACGCAUGGACAGCGUUGGUCCUUAUGUACUGUACAAAGUUCCCGCAACAGUGCAAACGUUAACCAUAAUAAGUUCUCCGGCAAUGAAACAUCUCCACAUACCGAGCAACUUGUCGGCUUCUGAGUUGUACAUAACACGUACUGGUAUCAAUUCGGUUCACUUUGAAGAAAAUAUCUCAUUAAAUACGGUAAUAAUUUCACCUUGUGGAUUAGAACAACUACCAUUCACUUUAGGGAAUUUAAAAAAACUAGCCUUUUUCCGAAUCAGCAACUCCCAAAUACAGGUACUGUAUAUUCAACAGUUGCGACUUGCCAAGAGUGUUGAAAAGCUGAUGGUAGUAAGAAGCCGCAUACACACCAUCAUAAUUGAUUCCCCUGAAAGAUGUUGCGAUCGAUUAGAUGAGCUAGAUUUGCAAAAAAAUUUACUUACAAGUAUCGAUUUUGCGACAUUUGAUCCUCUCCACCGGUUGCGAGUGCUUAUUUUAGCGGACAACAGCAUAGAGAUGCUGGUGGGAAGUCCAAGCAACUCCGCGUUAGAAUACCUGGUUUUGACAAACAAUCACAUAAAGCAUAUAGCUUUUUGCGGUUGGAAUCCACUACCGAGCCUUAUUUCAGUUAAUCUUAAAAAUAAUAGAUUGGCAAAGGAACCUAGCUGUUUGGAGAAUUUGAGCACCAAUACCACCGUAUAUGUUACACUUUAUGGAGGGACGAUGGAAAAGUUUGUUGAGCUGAAAAAUCGCUCUCAGUCAAAACUAAGGUUUUGUUUGACUUUUUUCCCUUGUGAGUGACCAAGCAGUGAUCAUAAAAAUAUAAUAGUUUUCUUCAAUUAAGAAAAAAACAUAAGUUAUUGGAAUUAUGUUUUCAUACACAUAAAUUGUUGAUCAGGAAAUUGUUAUGAAAACUGAAUGAUUUAAAUUUGUGGUAUUCAGGCAGGCUGUAGAAAUACAACUGAAAUAAAUGAAUUAAAGGAAAUGAUUUGAAUGGUAUUUUUGACACUCAUCACUCAUUCAUACCUGGAGAAUAUAAAUUACACAACUCUGAACAUUCCCAUCAUACUCCACAUAUACUCAUGCAAUAGAGUGGACUGAUCUCACGCCUGUUGUAAGUCACACUUGGAGAAGUGAGAAUGUUAAAAAGUUAUAUCACAUGGUGUUUAUGUAAUUUCCCCACGAAUAUCACUAUACCAUAAAAAAGCUGUAUUAAUAUUCGAGAAGAUCUUCAAUAUUAAAAAUAAUGUCAAGAGUAACAUAACAAAAACCUUAAAGCCAUUUUUUAAAAUAGGCCUUUGGCAAUGCUGAAUGGAAAGGUAAAAUAUGCGAUGGAACAGAUACAUCAGGCUUGCACUAUUCUUCCGAUGCCCUAAUGAAGUACCAGCAGCUCAAACGAAACGAAGGUAAAGAAAACUAGAAAUGUUUAGCUAAGACUCUGUUUUUUAAGCUAUAAAGACACCACUGCCGAUGCAGGGUGUAUCAUUAAACGCACAAUCACUAUCUUCUCAAGUACCGCUGUUGCAUCGGCAGUGCCAAGAGGAAGCAAUAGUAAACCGGUAUGACUAGAGCUGCAUUAUCAUUGGUGGCUGGAUGGACGGUGAGUGGUAAUGAACUUGAAGAAAUGGUUCCAAGUGGCACUCCCAUUUACAUAAAUAGUGAUUUAUAUCUCUGUCGUGGCAACCGGUGCUCCUAGCUCAUCCACAUCAGUUAACAACGAGUCAAUACAUUCCCAUGUGCUGGACUGUAGAAAGGGAUCAACAACAUUUCUUAUGUCACUGGAAUGUCGUGUUACGACUUGUCUUCGUUUUGACGCAAUGAUGAAGCGGUUCCUACGGAAUACAUCCGGCAGUACAGCGCACAAUGUCCCAUCUUUGCGACGUCUUUACUGCUGGUGAGUUUCACGCCAAAGGAUGGCUCGUACGCUCGGUGAGGUUAUGGGUGCAAAGCACUUGCGGAACGAUGUGGCAAUGCUAACACCAUUCACAAGGGAUAGCUAGCGCUAAUUAUUAUACAAACUAAGACGCACCCAAUUAGUCAUUUUCGAAACGGUAAUCAAGCUACAGGCCUAUGUAGUCAAAAGCUCCUAGAGCCAAAUCUAAGUGCCUUGCUGUCUUGUCUGUAGACGCAUCCUUUCAUUCGUUCAUACUUAUUUGUACUAUUUUUAAAGUGAUAUACGAGUUUAGUGUAGGAAAAAUACUGUUGAAAUUAUUUCUGACUACCAAACAGGCUAGGUGCGUGGUUUUGGAUAGCUAGGUGCGUGGUUUUGGCUAGCUUUGGUGCGUAACAUCAUUUGUUUAUGAUCAUAUGAAAAGAACAGUUUAUGAAAUGAAAAAUAUUACCUAGAAUUAAGAUUUAGAAACAUUAUAUAGAACGGUCCGUAUAGACUGAUAGUCGGCCAACUGUAUGGUUGAAAGAGCAAAAUACUAUAUAAAAACACACUCGUAGGGUUCUACGUGGAAAGCCAAAUUGAGUGACUAGCUUACAAACUUGUGCCAAUUCUUUGAAUCGUUAAAAUAUAAAGUAGGCGUAUCUAGCUCGCGUCAAAAUUUUCCGAACACUUUCUCGAGCGAUCGAGUUUGAACCCCUUUCUAAAUAGAGUGUUAAA